CCCUUUUUUUUUCAACUACACUUAGAAGCAUUUUGUUCCUUCCUCGCCCUUACAUUCCUUUGUACUGCUCUUAGUCCAUAAACCUCCUUCUUCACCUUGACAUCGCUGGAUGAAAUGAUUUGAAAUGACAAGAAUAAACUUGAUGAACAUUUCCUCCGACAGCUAAACUCCUUUGGCAAUGUCGCAGCCCCCUCUCUGAUGAGACCAUGAGAACCCACACUCGUGGGGCCCCGACAGUCUUCCUCUUAAGUCUGCUGCUGCUGCUCAGGCUCCCUCCGACUGCAACGGACCCAAGUGGUGGAAUCCCCUUCAUGGGAGGCAACUACAAUGGCCACCCGAUGCUGUAUUUCGAUCGGGCAGACAUAGAAGAGCUUCAGAUGGCAGCCGGAAGCACUCAUAGGGAGAUGGCUAGAAGAAUCCGCCAAGCUGGGGAAACCAUGCUUGAACACCCAGAAGAGUACCUGCCCCCUUGGAGCCCGGUAGAAUUCAGUGCCCGAUGGAAUGAGGUUUAUGGAAACAAUCUGGGUGUGCUGUCCAUGUUCUGCUUGCUGUACCCACACAGAGCUGGAGCACUGGAUCUUGUCAAAGACUACAUGGAGAGGAUGGCAGCUCAGCCUAGUUGGUUGGUAAAAGACGCCCCAUGGGAUGAAGUUCCUGUGGCACACUCCUUGGUUGGGUUUGCCACAGCUUAUGACUUCCUGUUUGAAUACUUCAACAAGGAUCAGCAGGAGCGAUUCCUCCAGGUGAUCGGCAAGAUAUCUCAUCUUAUGUAUGAGAAAUCCUAUAGCCGUGGUUGGGGAUUUCAAUACCUACACAAUCAUCAGCCAACUAAUUGUGUGGCUUUGCUCACAGGAAGCCUGGUUUAUAUGACUCAAGGUUAUCUACAGGAGGCUUACCUGUGGACAAAGCAGGUCCUGUCCAUCAUGGAGAAAUCUAUGGUUCUUCUUCAUGAUGUCACAGACGGAUCCCUGUAUGAGGGAGUGGCCUAUGGGACCUAUACAACGCGCUCUCUGUUCCAGUACAUGUUUCUGGUGCAGCGACACUUUUCCAUUAGCCACUUUGAUCACCCUUGGCUUCUGAAACAUUUUAAUUUCCUAUACAGGACCAUCCUUCCUGGAUUUCAGAGAACUGUUGCCAUUGCUGAUUCCAACUACAACUGGUUUUACGGACCAGAAAGUCAGUUGGUCUUCUUGGACCGUUUUGUAAUGCGUAAUGGAAGUGGGAACUGGCUGGCCAAUGUGAUUCAUCAAAACAGAGUGACAGACGGAAUUGGACAAGUUGGCAAAGGCCAGCGAUGGUGUACUCUCCACACAGAAUUUAUCUGGUAUGACCCAGGCCUUAUUCCGAGGCCUCCAUCAGAUUUUGGAACUUCUCAGCUACAUUAUUUUGAAGAUUGGGGUGUGGUGACCUAUGGCAGUGCUUUACCUACUGGCACAAACCGCUCCUUUCUGUCUUUCAAAUCAGGGAAGCUGGGGGGACGUGCAAUUUUUGAUAUUGUUCACCAGAACAAAUAUAAAGAAUGGAUCAAAGGUUGGAGGAACUUCAAUGCUGGCCAUGAACACCCUGAUCAGAACACCUUCACCUUUGUGCCCAAUGGAUUUCCAUUUAUCACUGAGGCACUGUAUGGACCCAAAUAUACUUUGUUGAAUAAUGCAGUAUUAUUUGCUCCAGCCCUCACAGGAAGUUGUUUUAAGCCAUGGGCUGGCCAGGUAACAGAAGCCUGUGACUCAAAAUGGCUGAAAUACAAGAUGGGGCCUGCUGCUGAUGCUCAUGGCAAAGUAGAAGCAGCCAUGGAGAAACAAGGAAUGGUUUUCAUUCGCGGGGAAGGACAUUCUGCUUAUAAUCCAGACCUGAAAAUCCGAAGCUUCCAAAGAAAUAUUCUCCUCCUUCACCCACAACUUUUACUUCUGGUGGACCAUAUCUAUUUGGAACCCGAUAGUCCAUCCAGGGCUAUGAGCACGUUCUUUCACAAUACUGAACUGCCAUUCAAGGAUAUAAAAGAAGAUGGUAUUUAUGGAGCAUUUAUAUCUCAUGGAAUAGACAAAUAUAAAAUGUUCUGGAUGGAUGACACAGGUCACAGUAAGAGAGGGAUAGUAGGAUACUGGGCUUAUCCACGAGGGUAUCCAUAUAACGGCUCGAAUUAUGUGAACGUCACAAUUCCGUUAAGAUAUCCUCACACCCGAGUAGCUUACAUUUUCUUUGGACCCGAUGUGACUCUCAUCAACUUCAACCUACGUGGUGAUGACCAGAGAGUGGAUAUUCACCUGACCACUAAGGAUCACACUUAUACAGUUUAUCUACUGACCGGAGAAGUUGUCAGCAAGCCGAUUUUUGCCAUGGUGAUGAUGGACCAGAAGAAGAUUGUGUUUGAGAAAAAAUCUACUCCAACAGAAAGCUCACCUAUGGAGGUUGAGGAAUAUGUCAAUAUGAUGGAGGACAAUCUCCAGCAUGUCAAGCCAGUUUUUCAGCAGAUGGAGCGUCACAUUCUCGGAAAGGUAUUAAAUACCGACAGCUUUCGUAAGACGGCAGAACGCCUGCUCCGGUUCUCUGAUAAAAAGAAAACGGAGGAGGUCAUUGAGAAGAUGUUCACAUUGUCAAAAAAACAGGGAAAGGAUAAGAUGGGAAAGAAAAUGAACCUCGGAGAGAAACUUUCUGGGACCCUACCUGACAUUUUUACACAGAUUGAGUUAAGCGAAAAGAAAGUACGCCUGAGGACAUCUAAGCGUGUAUAUGAGGACAGUCCAGAAGAGGGAGAUACGGACUCGCAAGCUUUCAUAGAAUAUGCGGACAGCCAUAAAAACAAAAAGGGUGGCUUUGUGAAAGGCCGAAAAUUCAAAGAAGUACAUAUGUCGGUGACAGCUGGAAGUGAACGCACCUCUAGCACGGCCUCUUCGAUAAGAUUGUUUCUUCUCUUGAACACUGCCACUUUCUUUUUUCUACUAGCUAUUUUAUUGACUCGCUUUCACAGGGGUCGAAGCAUUUACACACAGAGAUGUUUUUAUACCAUCCUUAUGAUUGACUGCUUGAUCUUACUGUACCUUUACUCAUCCUGCUCUCAAGUACAGUGUUAACAUCAUGUGAUUGUUCUGCUUUAAAUCUGAUGUUCAACAUAUGUCAAAUGUUUCUUCACUUGAAGGAUAAUGGGGAUCAUUUAUGAAUUGAUUAAUAAUUGGCUAUUCUAAAAUCUGAAAGUGUGUGGGCUAAAGAACAAAAGUGAUGUCAACGAGGUGAAGUUACUUCCACGCAGAGCGUCUCCUCAGGGCACCAUUAUUCUACUCAGUACAAUGACAUGGAAAGAAAUCACUUUGACAAUCAUAGAUAAUAAAAAAAAAAGAUAAAACAAUUGA